AUGCCUCCUCCUCCGUAUACGGCGGAACCAGGCAAUUGGUUUCUACGCGGUGUUCAGUCAGCCGUGUUCUACUAUGUUUCCUGUACACCUUGGGUUGAGUUCAAACACAAGCGCAAAAGAAGGAAGGAGGCCAAAGAGCAGGCGCAAGAAAGAGCGGAUGUUGUGGUCACUCAACCAGGCCGCGUGAGACAGCCGGCUCCAUUCCAGACGAAUGAAGCAUGGGCAGAAGAGUUGAUGCUGGGCCCUGGUCCACCGAAAGGGUGGAAGAAGGAUUCUCUCCUGGCGAAACUGCAGAACAAGGUACACAAAGAGCCGAUCGAGUCCUCCACACCUGACCCUGAGAUGCAUGCUUUACAACCGCAGCCCACAGAAUCCUCCGCAACGCCGUUCACGGAGUCGGCCACGGAAUUGUCGAGCGCCAGUGGGGCUGAAGAAGACACAGCCAAAAGAGCGAAAUCUGCUCUAAGCCCAACAAGAUCACUUAGGGAGAGGAGACUAUCGAAUGCCGUGGACAACAUCAAAGAAUCUCUGCGUAUAUCACUACAUCCACCCAAGUGGAAUUGGAAGAGAUAUGAUCGGGAAGAUGAGAUACUUGCCGGCUUUACUGAGAGAGUCACUAGAAUUUGGAACCGCGCCACGCUCGGGAUACAUCGGGACGAUGCGGGAGACGAAGACGAACAAGAUGAGCCUCCGACACACAAGCGGAAGCGGGCCCUCACGAAUGAGAGUGAGCGUUACGACUAUUACCGGGCAAGACACCCUGAAGUGAACGAUAUGCACCCCCCAAUUGUGUCACAACUACCAGCUGGUAGGGAAGAAGUAGCCUGGAUGCUGCUUCCGCCUCCAAGUGCCGCAGUGAUGGAAGCACGAACAAGACCUGCUGCAGAACCAGAGAUGCGAUGGCCGCUAUGCGUCAUAGGGAGACCGCUGAGAGAUACGGAGCCCAAGCUAUCGGUGGCCAAGACGCAGUCUACAGAACAAAUUCACUCCCAAGCCGUCGACCUCUCUACUGACGCCGAAGAUGAAGACGACUCUUUGGAUAGCAUAGACGACCCAAGCGAGGAUGAAAGUGUCCAAGACGGCGACAUACGAAGCGAGAAUCAGAAUUCUUCACGGAUCAAACAUCUAUCAGAUCCUAUCAUCAGGCCGCCUCCUAUACAUCCAGUAUCACGGAUUGCUGGAGAUCUGUUAGUCCCCAAGAGAAGGGAUUCAUGGCAGAUCCAUUAUGUUGUCCCGUCGUGCCAGCCGGUGGAGUGGUGA